AUGGCAAAAAAGUGGCAAAAGAUAGCAGCCGCAAGCAGGAAAAGGAUAUCCUGGCCGCGUCCAGUGGCUGAUAAAGAUCACUUUGUCGUCUAUUCAACAGAUGGAAGACGAUUUACCAUUCCUUUAGCUUAUAUCAAGAGCGAGCUUUUCAUAGAGCUUCUUAGAAUAGCAGAGGAAGAAUUUGGAGUUACAAGUUCGGGUCCAAUUACAUUGCCUUGUGAUUCGAAAUUUAUGGAGUAUGCGAUGUCUAUGAUCCAAAGAUGUGUAGCUGAAGACUUAGAAAAGGCACUGAUCAUGUCAUUAACUAGCUGCAGAUACUCAUCGUUGUCACAUGAUCAACAACAGGAACAAACAAAUUCAAAAUUGUUGAUCUGUAGUUUCUAG